AUGACAAGCAUGACGAUUGCUAAAAGAGAUGUGGAAAGAGCAAUUCACAUUUACGUACUCUAUAUCAACUCUGAAACAUGGGGAUGGGACAUCAGAGAAACAACCUCGAUGACAGUGAAAGUCGUCAUUCAAGUACGCGCGCCAAACGGGGUUUGCCAGCAUCUCGGGUCCGCAUUCGAUCGCAUGGACUCUACGAGUGGGCUGAGUUGUGAUGACACGGCUAUAAUCGUAGCAUCAUGGUACUCCCUCUUCUCAAAGCACAUUGUGUCUUUCAUACCCCGCUAUCUCUCACUGCCCACUGAGGAACCUCUAGUCUUCUUGUCCGAUGAAAUACAAAACGCCAACGAGAAAAGAGAUUCUUUCAAAGGUAAAAUGGCAAAUCCCAAAAGCGGAUAA